CUUGUCAUUGUUCGACCACAUAGAUUCGUUAUCAUGCAAAGCUACAUAUUUAUUACCAAAGUUAAGAUCAAUUUACUUUACCUCAAAAAAUGAUAAUGAUAAAAGAAAUAAACAUUCAAAUGCGGAAACGGAUAUUGUUACAAAUUUAGAAAAUAAAUAUACCCAAGUUGGUAAGUCAGUUAAAAUAACAAAAUAAAAUAAUAAUAAAAAUAAUAAAUGUAUAAUUCAUAUAAAUAAUAAUUGAAUAUAUUGAUAAGCAUGUGUAGAAUAUGCUGAUAUGUCUGUGCAAGUGAUAUGGGAUGUUAAUGAGACAGAAACUCAGACUGAUUGUUUAACAGAGUAUACAACAUCUAGUGAAACUAAAAUAUCUUUGAACAGAACUGAAUCACAAAUAUCUACAUAUAAAUAUGAUCAUAAAAAUAAUCAUGGAAUUAAGAAACGAAAAAUAAAUACUCCUAUGGAAAAAUAUAUUAAAAAAGAUUCUUCUAUUGAAUCUUAUCAUAGUGAAAGCGAAUCUGAAUCUACUAGUAUAAGCGAAAGCGAAUUUGAUAUUGAAUUUUACGAAAAAUCUCAUAAAGAAAUUAUUAUACAAAAAGAUAGUGAAAUAAUUGCAUUAAAAAAUGAAUUUGGUGCAAAAGAAGCUGAAGUUGAAGAAUUAAAAGAAAUUAAUAAAAAUUUAGGAAUUAUGUUAAAGAAGAAGGAUGAGAACUUGAAUACUUUACGAGGAGGACUUAAAAUUUUACAAGAACGUUCUAUGAAGUUGAAUGAACAGAGAAAUAAUGAAAUAGAUGAAAUGAAAAAGAAAUUAUACACGAAUACGCGUAUAAUGGAACGAUUAAAAAUGGAGCUAAAUAAAAAGUAUGAUGCUUCUUUUUUACAAUCACAAGAAAUAGAGAAAUUACGAUUGCAUGUUAAAGACACUGCUACUGUACUUGCUGAAAGAGAUUCACUUAUGGAAAAAGUAAAAGAAAUGGAACAUCUUUCAAAAGAAGCAGAAAAUUGUCGACUUGCUCUUGAUCAAUUAAAAGAAGCUAUACGCGAGAAAGACGAAUUACAAAAGCAAAAUCUUGAACAAAAAUGUAUACUUAGUGAUCAAGAGGAUGAAAUAAAACGUCUACUGAUAUUAAUACAGCAAACAUCGAGUACUCAUAACGAUCAGCAGAAUAGAAUGACCAAUAUAUUGGAAGAGUUACAAACCGAAAUAAUAGAAAAAGAUAAUACAAUUUCAAAAUAUGAAGAACAACUUCAUUGCAUGGAAGAAGAAAUUAAUAAUUUCACAAUUAAGUUGAAAAGUAGUUUGAAUAAUUUAGAAGAAUUUAAAAUCGCAUAUGAAGAUAUUUGUAGUCGUGUAAAAUGUGAACACGAUACUUGCGAACGAACCAAGCGUACAUUAUACACUGUAAUGGAGGAAUUACAAAGAUCUAAACUGGAAUAUAAAGAACCUUUAGAACAAAUAGAAAAUGUUAAGAAAUACUCUAAAGAAUCUUUAUGUAGUUCUCACUUGAACUAUCAUUUUAUUUCAUCCAGUUCAAAUUCAGAAGUUGAUGAAUCAAAUAUAAUGAUGUUCAAAAAGAUACAAACAUCGCAAAAAGAUCUACUUGAUAACAUCCAACUUCAUCAUGCAGAAACUGAAACUAUUAAUAAUACAGUAAUGCAUGAAUACAUUGAUUUCGAAAAUCAUUCGAAUAAAGAUGCUUCUGAACCUGACUCAUGGAAUUCAGCAAAAACUGAAGUAUCAAUAUUAAGUGCCAAUAAUAACGCAAAUAUUGAAAAUACGAUAGUUGAAGAAGUAUCAAGAUCGCUUAUAAAAAUGCAAUCUCUUAUGAAGCAAUUACAGAUAUAUGCUGAGGAUGAACGACCAUCUUUAAUUAAACAAAUUCAAAGCCUUUAUAAAUAUUUAAUGAACAAUAAAUCAGUAAUCGUGUGGUCACCAGAUAAGAACACUAAAAGGCAACAGAUUUAUGAAUUAUAUAAUAAAUACAAACAAAAUUAUGAAAAAUAUAAUCCGUGUAUAAUAUCUUCAUAUAAAGAGUUGCAAAAAGCUUUAAUUAAUGAGGAAUUGUUAAAUCUACAUGAUGAGUACAUUGAUAAAAUUUUUACAACUCAAUUUAAACGUUCCAUUACAAAAAUGAAUGAAUUAUCUACAGCUCUUCAAGGUAAAGCAUAUUUACUUGAAGAAAAUAAUAUUUGA